ACUAUGACAAAGUAGUUUUGUAUUCAGAAAAAAAAGAGCUCAAAACUAGCGAAAGUGCGAAAAUGGGUAAAAUUUAUGAUGCUUUAAUAAGCACUGUACAAUAUAUCUCGACCGAAGAAAGCACAGAUGAAGAGUCUCAGAAAGAGACACCUAA